AUGCAUCUUCCCAAUGGCAGAGAAAACACUGUGCGCUUCAGUGGCGUUUCCGAGGAACCUGCUGCGAAGAAGGUACAAAAUAGCAAUGGUUUCGACGCUCAGGAACACGCCUUGCAAUCAGAGAACCCCACUGGAGCUAAGCACACAAACGAAAAUGCCUCCAAAGCAAAUGAUAUUCAGGUACAUCUGCCUAAUGGCACAGAUCGAGACUCAGUGCUGGACACGGUCCUGACAGCCUGGGCAAUACUCAUACAACGUUACCAACGAGACGUCUUUCACCAGUUCACUUGGGGACAGAAAGACCAAGAAAAUGCUGCGACACAGUGCAUUUCUGUCACUGACAUCGACUGGGCAAACCAACAAACAGCUGCGAGUCUGAGAACGAAAAUCAGCAGCGUCAAGUCGAAUCAGUACACGCUCAAUGAGACGACCCUUUUCCUCAACGAUGGCACUACUGAAGAGGUAAUUUCUACAAUGUAUCUAAACCAAACACAAAGCUAA